UUCACUUUCCAGUAGUGCUUUGUUCAACCACACUCUCUGUAUUCAGAACUAAAGAAAACAAAUGUAAACGCUAAAGGUGUUUGGUUGUUUCAUCUACAACAAAGAUCUUCAGUUCUAUCAGCAGAUAGUGGAGAGAGAUGGAAUUGGCCACUUACUGCAAACGGGGUGAACGCUACUGAAUGAAACGCAUUAGAAAAGGAAUGAAGCAAAGGAAAAACAAAAUAUAAACGUUUUCAUCAAUCUACAGGAAAAUGGUGACCACAACAAGCCUGUUCAGUUUAGGAACCUUCGUACUUCUUUGUUUUUCUUUUACUCCAGCAUUUUUCUCAAAAAUGUGGUAUCCCAAAAGUCUUCCGUGUGAUGUAUUGGUGGAAAAUAAUGGAACUAUAGUCCUUGUUGAAUGCAAGGAUCGACAGCUCACUGAGAUCCCUAAACAAAUCCCUAAAAAUGCAACAAAUCUGACAUUUACUACAAACCACAUCUCUGAAAUUUCUCAAAAAUCAUUCCAUGGACUGAUGAACCUUACAGAGAUAGAUUUCAGAUGCAACUGUGUUCCUAUUAAAAUAGGCCCUAAAAGUCAUGUCUGUACCAAAGGAUUGCAUGUUCAAGAAGGAAGCUUUGCACAUCUUCCUAAUUUAAAAUCUCUCUACUUAGAUGGUAAUCAGCUUUCACAGAUUCCUCAAGGAUUGCCACCCACUUUAACUUUGCUCAGUCUUGAAGUAAACAGCAUUUCCUCCAUUUAUCGAAGAAAUCUUUCUGAAUUAACAAACUUGGAAACAUUAUACCUGGGGAAAAACUGCUAUUAUCGUAAUCCAUGCAAUGUUACAUUUUACAUCGAGACUGGCGCAUUCAGUUCCUUGAACAGACUUUCUUUAUUGUCCCUGAAGUCCAAUAAUAUCACCAGUGUUCCCCAGAUGCUUCCUACCAGUUUGAAGGAACUUUAUCUAUAUAACAAUGGAAUUGAAAAAAUAUCUAAAACUGAUUUUCAGAAUCUGACAAGCCUGGAAGUGCUUGAUUUGAGUGGAAACUGUCCACGAUGCUUCAAUGCUCCCUUCCCCUGCACUCCAUGUCCAAAUGACAAUCCACUCUUCAUUCACCCUGAAGCCUUCAACUCUUUACGUAAUCUCAGCAUUUUACGUCUUCAUAGUAACUCUCUUAAAACAAUAGAGAGUAAAUGGUUUUAUAAAACAACACAAUUAAAGAUCUUGGAUCUUUCAUCUAAUUUUCUGGCCGAUGAAAUACGUCAUGCACAAUUUUUAAUCACUCUGAAAAAUCUUGAAGAGCUAGACCUUUCUUUCAACUACAAACAAUCACAAUAUUCAGCACAACUGGAACUUUCACCACACUUUGCCAAUCUAGUCUCACUCAGAGUACUACGAAUUAAAGGAUAUGUGUUCAAACAAUUAAAUGAUAAUGCCCUCGAACCACUAAUGUAUCUUAAAAAACUUGAAAUCAUUGAUCUUGGUACAAACUUUAUUAAACAGGCUAAUCUGAACAUUUUACAACAUUUGAAAGCAUUCAAAAUAAUAAAUCUCUCUGAAAACAAAAUUUCUCCUUCCGGUGACUCCCUGGCUAACUCAUGUUCUGCAAAUCAUUCUGAUGUUAACCUUCUGGGUGCCACAGGACAGUACUAUAACGGGGAAGUGCGAGAAAUUCAAUAUUUCCAGUACGAUGAAUUUGCUCGCAGCUGCACUUCCAACGACAAAGAAGACGGAUCUGUUAUUCCACUUGUUAAAAAGGAUUGCAGCACAUUUGGAAAAACACUGGAUUUAAGUCGGAAUAACAUAUUUUUCAUUGAUACCACACAAUUUCGUGACCUCCAUCAACUAAAAUGCUUAAACCUCUCUGGGAAUGCAAUGAGUCAGACUCUGAAUGGCUCAGAAUUCACCUUUCUGUCCAACCUGGAAUAUUUAGAUUUCUCUUCCAAUCGCAUUGAUUUGCUUUACUCCUCGGCAUUUCAAGAAUUAAAAAACUUGAAAAUUCUAGAUCUAAGUCAUAAUGACCAUUAUUUUGUAGCAGAGGGUGUUACACACAUGCUGAACUUUACCAAAAGUCUGCCCUACCUGCAGAAGCUAAUGCUAAACUACAAUCUAAUUUCCACAUCCACCAAUACAGAGAUGGAAAGUUCAUCCCUAGAAAUUUUGGAGUUUAAAGGAAAUCGUUUAGAUAUUUUAUGGAAAGACGGGGACACAAGAUUUAACAAAUAUUUUAGCAAGCUGUACAACGUGACAUAUCUUGAUCUCUCCUAUAAUAGUCUUACUUUUAUCCCACAAAUGGUCUUCGGUGGCUUGCCACCAAAAUUACGUGAAUGGUACUUGAACAACAAUGAAUUACAUGGUUUUAAUUGGGGAGAACUUGAAAAACUACUACAUUUAGAGAUACUUGAUCUGAGUAAUAAUAAACUAACCACUGUUCCUCGGGAGCUUUCUAACUGCACCAAAACUGUGCAGAAGUUCAUUUUGAAAAAGAAUCAGAUCCCAAAGCUCACCAAACAUUUCCUCAAAGAUGCCACAAGCCUCAGGUAUCUUGACCUCAGUUUCAAUGAGCUACAAAAAAUUGAGCAAUCCAGUUUCCCAGAAAAUAUUAUCAAUAACCUGGAAGUCUUGAUAUUGAAUGGAAAUAAAUUCAUGUGCACUUGCGAUACUAUUUGGUUUGUCUUGUGGAUUAACAAAACCUCAGUUAACAUUCCUCGUCUGGCUACGGAUGUCACUUGUGCAGCUCCUGGUACACAAAAAGGACGCAGUGUCAUUUUUCUGGACCAACAUACGUGCCAAAUGGAUUCCAUUUCACUUGUUCUACAUGUUUUAACAACAUUUCUCACUCUGAUGUGCAUUGUAACCUCAAUUUCGUGUCAUCUUUUCUUUUGGGAUGUAUGGUACAGUUACCACUACUGCAUUGCAAAAUUAAAAGGAUAUCAUCCUAUCAUUUCAGAAAAAACUUGUUAUGACGCUUACGUUGCCUAUGACAAGAAAGACCCUGAGGUUUCUGACUGGGUUUUAAAUGAGUUGCUCUUCCACUUAGAAAAUAAAGAGGACAUCCAUUUUCAAUUAUGUCUGGAUGAAAGAGACUGGGUUCCUGGUCUACCACUUAUAGAUAACCUUUCUCAAAGCAUACAAUUGAGCAGAAAAACAGUAUUUUUGCUCACUAACAAGUACAUUUUGAGUGGAAUCUUUAAGACCUCUUUCUACCUAGCACAUCAGCGGCUCAUCGAUGAGAAAGAAGACGUCAUUAUUCUGGUUUUUCUUGAAAAGGUUCGUCAAAGUUCCAAAUAUGUAAAGCUUCGUAAAAGACUCUGCAGGGGUUCAGUUUUAGAGUGGCCAAAUAACCCUCAGGCCCAGGGAUUUUUCUGGCAGUCGCUGAAGAGUGUUUUGGCUACAGAUAACUACUCACAAUAUAAUAAACUGUUUAAAGAAUCCAUUUAAUUUACACAUUUCCAACUGACAUCAUAUUGCUACAUACACAAAAUAUCCAAACCCUUCCAACCCUUGCAUUUAUGACUUUCUGUAUCUAAUGUUAUUAUUAUUUGUGUAACCUGUUGAAAUGACAUGAUUUGAAAUGAUCAACGACUUAUAUAUAUUUUUUAUCUUAUUGGAUUCAACAUAACAUUUUGUAUUAAACUUGUUGAUAAUU